UUUGCUCUGGUAAUAUGCACAAUCACACCAGGCCUGUUUUAAGUUGAUCAUCAUGCUGAAAACAUUUACUGUAAGGCUGUUGUUUAUACUGUCUCCUAUUUGUUCAGUGAGAUUCAUGCACACUGAGCAGUUGGAAUCUGUUAAUCUGGUGUGAAUUUGGAUCAAUUUUAUACUAAUUUAGUGAAUUCAAAUGUAAACAGAAAUCAGUUUAUUUGCUAGUACGGGGAACAUUGAAUCAUAAUUAAAUCAUUUCAACUGGUUUUUAAUCUUUAAAAAUUUAAAUUAGAGAAAAUAAAGUACUGUAGUGAAGUAUGUUUACAUCAACUGCAAUUCCUGUAAAUUUACUGUACUUAAUGCGUAAAAUAAUUUUAAUUCUGAAAAUCUAAAAUGAAAAACCUUUAAUGACUCUCCCCCUGACCUGAUGUUCAUCCUCUACAAAUAAAUGAAAAUAGUACAGCCUCUGUGGCAUUGUCUUGACAACUUUUAAUGUCAGAUUAUGGUGAAAAAAGACUCCUCGAGCCGUCAACACUGCCAAAAAAUAACUAUCAAACUUCUGUGAGCGAAAACAGAGCCAUCGAGGCCACAAUUAAAGGCCAGCAUUAUGUCAUGAGAAACAUUAUUAAUAGUUGUUGGUAGUAUCCAACAGUUCCUCUGAGUUUAGUUAGCGAUUUAGCUUUAGAGAAACCUUUCCCCGAUACAUGUGCACUAUGACUGUCCAGCCACCCAGCACCAGGGGAAGUGUUUUUUUGAAUAGGUAAGCUUUUAUGAAAUAUCAAGUUCUAAGUAGAGAAAGGGGUUAUGAAUGUAAAAAAGGUGUGCUUACAAAACACAGGAUUUACCACUGAAUAUAAAGCUAUUUUGCAGCCUGAAUAAAAAUUAAAACUCUACUGAAAUAAUGACCCUACUGAUCAGCAGACCUUUGUUGUUGGCUGAAUUAAAAUUUUCAGACAAGACAUAUACAACAACUAUACACAAUAUACAAUAUAACUAUAUACAAUAAUUUAUGCUUUCCACUGAAUUUCUUCCACUACAUUUCAGAGGGAAAUGUUGUGCUUUCUCACAAUGAUGCUUAUUACCUUUGUUGCUUACAGCUUCUUCCAGCACCACUGAGUGUUUGGUGGAAAUGGGGCUUUUAUUCUGAAAACAAUUGAACGGUCUUACAGGAAGUAACAUUUUUGUUGCUGCCAGAUGAACUGAGGCUGCUGAAAGAGGAACCAGAUUGUAGCAAUUACAGCAUCAAAUCAUUAACAGGUGUGUGUGAAGAUGCCCAAAACUGUUGUCAAAAACAAGGGUGUGCCCGUCAUCACCGUGGCAGCUGUCAGUAAGAGCAUCCUUCCACUCUGCCAGAUCCUGAAGGCUCUUUGCUACAGUCCAGAGUACUGUUCUGUGUACCAGGGGCUGAUGCAGACUAGUGUCACUACAGCUCUUGGGACUAUACAGAUCAUGGCUGGCCUGUUCAACAUUGGACUUGGACCAGGACGAACAAGCACAAAUCCUGGAGAUUUGACCAGUUUAGGAGCUGCUUACUGGCUGGGUGCUGUGUUCAUUGUAACUGGAAUCAUGUCCAUUUUGGCUGGACAGUUCCCUUCUCCCUGCUUGGUGGGCUUCACUGUGUUUAUGAACAUUGUUGGAGCUAUCUUUGCCAUUACUGGCAUUGUGCUGUAUGCCAUAGACCUGGGAGAUGCCUCUCUCCUCUGGAUGUGUGACCGCAGCAGGAACAAUGCUGAUCAUUUUAGCGACAACUGCAGAAAUGUGGCGCUCUUUGCCCAGAGUUUGUUGACGUCCAUGGAUGUCGCACUGAUCGCCCUGGCUGUUCUUCAGCUCUGUGUCAAUAUUAGGUUUGCUAUUCUGGGCAUCAGCGCUUUGACCAGUGAGAUGAAAAAGGAAGAGGUUGGCAAGGAUAUUGAAGAUCAGCUGCCAGUGAAGGAGGUCCUCCUGAUCAGUCCUGGAGAGAUGUCCAUCACUGUUGUCAAAGACAAGGGAGUGACUGUGGUCACGGUGGCGGCUGACAGUCAGAGCAUGUUUCCACCACUGUGCCAAAUCCUCAAGGCUCUUUGCUACAGUCCGACGUGCUGCUCAGUGUACAAGGGGCUGAUGCAGACCAAUGUAGUUUCAGCACUUGGGACUGUACAGAUCAUGGCGGGCCUGUUCAACAUUGGACUUGGGCCAGGACGAACAAGCACACAUCCUGGAGAUUUAACCAGUUUAGGAGCUGCUUACUGGCUGGGUGCUGUGUUCAUCGCAGCUGGAAUCAUGUCCAUUUUUGCCGGCCAGUUCCCCUCUCUUUGCUUGGUUGGCUUUACUGUGUUUGUGAACAUAGUCGGAUCCAUCUUUGCCAUUAUUGGCAUUGUGCUGUAUGCCAUAGACCUGGGAGAUGCCUCUGUCGCCAAUAUGUGUGACUGGAGCAGCUACAAUGCUGAUAGUUAUGAUGAUAACUGCAGAUAUGUGGCAUACGUUGCCCAGCGCUUGUUGACAGCCAUGGACAUUACGAUGAUCGUCUUGGCUGCUCUCCAGCUGUGUGUCUGCAUUAGCUUUGCUGUUCUGGGCAUCAAGGCUCUGGUCAAUAGGAAGAAGGAAGAGCAGGGUGGCAGAGAUGUUGAGAUUUACCAGCCACUGUUGAAGGAAGUCGUCAUGACCAGUCCUGGUGCCUAAAAUCAAUUCAUCCACACACAAAGAUGUAUGAGUAUGAAUAAGCAACACAUCUUUGCAAUCCUUGUACAAAUUUUUUAAAACAUAUAGCAGCUGAAAAUAAUCAAAACUACUUCAAAGACACUACAAUUUUACGCCAAAGAGAAAAUUCACUCUGGAGUCUGUCACAAUGUGAUUGGAAAUGUUUUUUCUAUCAGGUUGUGAAUUAUGUUUUAAAGUAAAAGUACUUGAAUAAAGAGAGGUGAGAGAAAGCUGUACAAACUUUUUGAGUUACAUUCCAUUUACUUCAUUGGGGAGACAUCUCAAAAUCAUGGCAGAUAAAAACAAAACUAUCAGCAUGGCUAGAUACCAUGGAGUAAGUGGGAAAUAUAUAUAUAUUUUCCUUGAUGUGGCUGAACGGACUGUUUAAAGCACUAAACUGUGUACUCGAGCUCUCAGGUUAGUUCAGGUUCAAGGAGGAGUGAUCCCAAACAACAUGUACAAGACACAUCCGCCACAUCCUAUAGUGUUAACACACUGAAGCUUAGGAGAAAUUACAGGAUUGUUGGCGUAAGAUGUGUGGAAAGGAAGGACAUCGUCAAAUGGUUUUGUUGAUUUCCAGCAGUGAAUGUGUGCUGCUGCUUUCCUGCGGUGUAGUGUGUGAUUUGGAAUCAGUGCCUUUCACUUAAAGACAGAUUUUGAAAUCUUGGGAAAUACACUUAUUCACUGUCUUGUCGCAAGUUAGACGAUAUAGUCUGUAUGCUAAAUAUGAAGAUACAGCCAGCAGCCGGUUAGCUUACUGUAGCUUAUUUCCAUUAAUUCAUCAAUAUAAUUGAUGAAUUAAAUGUACUAAAAAUUAUGAAAAAUGACCAAUUUCCCAGAGCCCAAAGGGAUGUCGGAAACCCAAAGAUAUUCUAUUUAAAGUAACAUAAAAAGAAGCAAAUCCUUACCUUUUAGAAGCUGGAGCUUUAAUUUAUUGAUCAUUAUUGAUUAUUACAAAUAUUUAUUUUUCUUUUAUUUAUUAUAUUUGUAUUUAUUUGUAUUACUUGUACUUUUAAUUUACUGCCUUUUUGUUCUGCUGUGUUUAAACAUCAUCAAUUUGUUGCUUUUAUUUUGGAGAAAUCAAACGCAUAGACGGGAAGUGUCAUUGUUGGUGCUGCUAACUGAAAGGUCAGGCUGUAAACCAGUGUGUUGCAGUGAAAGAGAGUAUUGUAUUAUAACAAUGAAGCAGAACCAGGCCAGUUCACUAAACAAACAAACGACUCUAACAAUGUGAACCUAGUAAGGAGAUAGCUGUGAACUAGGAGUUAUGGAUAUUUUGUAAUGGUAACCAUGUUUUUAGAGUCUGAGAGACAAAAAGUGAGGUGAGGGAUAAAAGAAAUUUUUUGUGUGAAAUAUUUUAUUACAUCCCUUUUUUGUGAUAUCUGAUAUUGAGAACAUGAGGAGGCAAAAACAAGGAAGUAUGCACUUUCUGGGAAACUGCCCUCCCACCAGGCUUUUAUUUAUUUAUUUAUGACCAGUUAGACUAUUGAGACCAGUAAGAUUGUGAUCAUAAUUUUAUACUCUGUAGUAAAAGGGAAUCAAUCAAAAGUUACUGGUUCAUGUUGCUGUGACUAACUAUUUACUUUUACAUGUCCUGAGAUUUUAAGACAUUCAGAAACUGACCCACUGUUCUGAACACAUAUAAACAAAAUGUGUGUAACCAAUUACCUUAAAUUAAAGGAAUACUUCAAUA